UUACAGAAAACGUAAAAUGCUCUGUUGCGUGUCAGUGUUUUUGUGUGAAUGACUGCAAAUCGUGUAAAAGAAAACAACAACAUUAUUAGAUAAACUCAAAAUAAAACAAUUAUUUUACGAAACGUAUAAAUAAAUGUUUAGUACUUAAAGUCUGCCAGCAUAAACCAAAACAAGAUGAGCAACAGCGAGGACUCGCAGCAAUAUCUAAACGAUAUACUCGUCAAAGAUGAGGACGAAGCGUCGGGUGAUGAAUCGGACAGACAGGAUGGACAUGGUAGCAUGUUGCGGGAACAGGAUCGCUUUCUGCCCAUCUGCAACAUCAUCAAAAUAAUGAAAGUGCCAGUGCCGCAGAACGGCAAAAUAGCCAAAGACGCCAGAGAAUGCAUCCAGGAGUGCGUCUCCGAGUUCAUCUCAUUCAUCAGCAGCGAGGCAAUCGAGCGCAGCGUCGCCGAGAAUCGAAAGACUGUCAACGGGGAUGAUUUGCUGGUCGCCUUCAGCAAUUUGGGCUUCGACAACUAUGUCGAGCCCCUCUCCAUUUACUUGCAAAAAUACCGCGAGUCAAAUAAAUCGGAUCGCAAUUUAUUUGUGGAGAACAGCUAUAACAGCGAGGACACCAAUGAGACUGGCAAGCAGUAGCCCUCGUCUAUAGGAUACAUAUUUUAGGGGUAGACUAUUUUCUUUAUAAAUCCUUAUUAUAUUUAGAAUCUAUAGUCAAAGUCAAGUUAUAGUUUUACUGCAAGUAGCUUAAUAGUUUUUUCAUUUUAUAUGUAUAUUUUAUAAAACACCAAGUACUUUUGUAUAUUCUACAGGUUUACACAUUUGUAUAUGCUCAAUGAUAUUACAUAGUAUGAUUAAUAUGUAAUUUUUAUCGAUUUAUCAAAUCAAAUAAAUAUAAAAUC